AUGGAGCGCGGAAGGAACGCCACGACGUCUGAUGAGCUCGCGCUGCAGACCUUGGCCGGUGUUUCCCAGUCUGGUGGGAGUGAUGGUAACGCGUACCUGUACAUCCUCAUUGUUAUGUCCUUCUAUGGCGUCUUUCUCGCAGGCAUCAUGUUCGGCUACAUGCGCUCCAAGAGGCGUGAAAAGAGGCGGUCGAACAUCUUCACGCGGCUCUUACACGAGGAAGAGCGCCGCGAGUGGGGCGUAGGGCAGAAGAAACACAGCUUCACCGUUCCCUCUCUUUCGGCGCUCUGCUCCACGCCGGUUCCAGCGCCCGUCGGCGUUACCGGCCGGCCUACCGGCCCGUUCUGCGAGGGCAGGGUCCUGGCGCCUCUAGCGUGCGCGCUAUGCUCGGUGGAGCAGAGUAGCGUUAGUUCGCUGUGUUCGUCGGCUGACGUACGUUUCGCCAUCGAAGAGGAGUCGGACAGCGGCACGGCUGAAGGGCUCGAGGAGUCCUUGAAACAGAGCCCCGAGCACAGCGACGGAUCAGCGGAGAACCUAAAAGACUACAUGAAAAAUUAA